AAUCCACCGCAUUUGAACUAUAGACCGCCAUUUUGACACGAAUUUGUAUGCACAAAAGUUAAGAAAAAAAAAACAUGAAAAGAACAAAAAUAAAAUAAAAUAAAAGCAAAAAAAAAUCCAAAUUUCUGUGAAUGUUUUCCCACUUGCUCUAUUCUUCUUCUUCUUCCAGCUUAAUUUGCAAAGUGACAAAAUCAAGAAUCAUUAUUAUUAGUAUUAUUUCAUGGCUAAGCCUAAGAAAGUGUACCAGUCUUGGAAGGGCAACAAUAAAUUCUUGUUCGAUGGGAGGCUGAUUUUCGGACCAGAUGCCAAGUCAUUGAUCGUCACCUUUACGCUUAUCGUUGUCCCUAUUGUUUUAUUUUGUGUAUUUGUUGCAAGUAAUCUUGCUCGGGAAUUCACAACUGGAACUACAGGAUAUGCAAUUCUGGUCUUAGCAAUUGUCUUCACAAUCUAUGUCUUGAUUCUUCUAUUUUCAACAUCAACUAAGGAUCCUGGCAUUGUUCCACGCAAUUCUCAUCCUCCAGAGGAUGUAUUAGGUUACGAUUCUUCAGCUUCCAUUGAAGUUGGGAAACCUUUGCCUCGCACCAAAGAAAUCCUUGUAAAUGGUCUGCCAGUGAGAGUUAAAUAUUGUGAAACAUGCAUGUUGUAUCGUCCACCAAGAUGCUCUCAUUGUUCAGUAUGUAAUAACUGUGUGGAGCGUUUUGAUCACCAUUGCCCUUGGGUGGGUCAAUGCAUUGGAAAGCGCAACUAUCGUUGCUUCUUCCUAUUUGUUUCUUCAACUGCUCUUCUCUGCGUUUACGUCUUUUCGGUGUCGGCAUAUUAUCUUAAACUUCUUGUGGAUGAUUAUGGAACUGUUUGGAAGGCUAUCAAAGUAUCGCCAGCUUCAGUGGCGCUGAUGGCAUAUUGUUUUGUUUCGCUAUGGUUUGUUGGAGGUCUCACUGGCUUCCAUUUGUAUCUCAUAAGUAGAAAUCAGACCACAUAUGAGAACUUCCGUCAACGAGGACUAAGAGGAGACAACAGGAUCAAUGUAUAUUACCGUGGUUGCAUGAACAGUUUUCUUGAAGUAUUCUGCUCGAAGAUAGAACCUUCGAAGAACAAUUUCCGCGGAUAUGUACAUGAAGAGGCACCAAAGAUGACUAGCAAAGGCGGCAACAUUCAUGUAACAGACGUUGACACCUCUGACGAUGAUAGAAGAGUCAAGGUAGAAGACGAUCUUGAGAUUGGAGAUGAUCUGAUGAAGAUAUCCCAACGACGUAAUUCUCAAGACAUUGGAGAUAUUAGAGGUAGAGGAAGUGACAGGUCGCCCAUAAGUCGUUCUGAGCUUGACUUUGGAUUUGGUCUCGAGUCGCAGUUUUCCUCAAGAUCUGAGAGCCGCCAUUCUGAAUGGUGAUGAAAGCGCGAAAGGAACUGGUCCUCCGAUGUUACCAUCACGCCAAAGCCAUCUACUGCAAUGCUUUUGCAGUCAGUUGUGAUAUUUGAUAUUGUGAUACAUAAUGGUGGCUAGCCAUGAAAGCGGGUAUCUCCAGUCCUCUUUCCCGGUGUCAUACUGGCUCAACCUGUUUUCGUGGAUGCGAGUCACGAGACCAGGCACAGAACAACUUUGUCACAAACCACACACAUUAUCUGCUGACUUCUAUAAUGUCUUUUGCUAUGUUAUUUUUGCUUGAAAGAACUAUAGACAUAUUUCGAAAGGAAUUUGAAAAUGUAUACAUCUAGUCAUUCUUUUCCUAUUGUCAGGCUUCCUAUCUUUAGUCGGGGGUCUAUCGGAAACAACCUCUCUACUUCUUCGGAAGUCGUGGUAUGAACACACUCUACCCUCCCCAAACCUCACUAUGUGGGAAUACACUGGGUAUGUUGUUAUUUUGUGUAUGCUUCCUAUAUGAACUACUCUGUAAAUUCCUUUUUUUC